AAUGAGUGUGUCUGUGGAGUAUGAGUAAGUGCAUGCAACACACGCAUUCCACGUCCAUACACACACUCACACAAUACAUAGUAUAAUAUAUACCCCGCCCUGCACGUAUAGCGCUAGCGACAAGUACGUACAGCAACUACACACCCAUUUGAAUUAUACAUGUCGUUUCGCGUUGUAAACCGCUUCCGUAUUUGAUCAACCCAAAGUUCCCCAUUUUAAACCUUGUUCUGGUCUUGCUCUGGAAUUGUAUCGUGCACUUGGACUACAAUAAAAAAAUAUGGCCGAGCAGAAGUUGAGUGAAUCUGAAAAAUUGGAUCUGGUGGAGCUGGCCAAGAUAUCAGAAAUGGCGGAGAGGUACGACGAAAUGGUUGGCUACAUGAAAAGGGUGGCCAAGGAGGGUAACGCCGAUUUGGAUUCUGCAGAGAGGAAUCUCCUGUCGGUGGCGUACAAGAAUGUGGUGGGUGCGAGACGUUCUGCUUGGCGCAUUAUCAAUGGCCUCGAGCAGAAAGCAGCAGAAAAAGGCAAGGAACCAGAUGCAGCAUAUGCCAAACAGUAUAGACUAGAGAUUGAGCAGGAGCUGAAAGAUAUCUCCAACGACGUUACGGAACUUUUAACAAAUACCUUGAUAGCCCACGCCACAGCAGAUGAUUCUAAAGUAUUUUACCAUAAAAUGGAAGGAGACUACUCCAGAUAUCUAGCCGAGAUCGCGACCUCGGAAGACCGUGGAGAAAUUGCAGGUCGCAGUUUAAAAGCAUACGAAAAAGCUAGUGAAAUUGCAGAGAGGUUACCUUCUACACAUCCAUUAAAGCUGGGCCUGGUACUCAACUUCAGCGUAUUCUACUACGAGAUCAUGGGUUCCCCUGAACGCGCCUGUGACCUGGCCAAGACAGCAUUCGAUAAUGCCAUCGCAGAACUGGAUAACCUCAAAGAAGACAGCUACAAGGAUUCAACUCUCAUCAUGCAACUGUUGAGGGACAACCUAACACUAUGGACUUCUGAAAGGUCGGAUGACGUAGAGGACAUAGAAGAUCAAUAAUAGCAGGAUGCAUCUUAAGGUCAUAGGUCACUUGGACAUAUUCUCCAACACACAGAUUAGAAGCAAAAUCUAUAAAUGCAGUUCUCCUUUCACUACCAAUACUAUGUAAUACUUAUUUCUUUUCUAUAUGCAAGCAACAUCUAACUCUUGAGAGAAAUAUUGGGUAACUGUUACUUUCUUCAAAGAAAUAGGCCUAUUUAAAUGCCCUUGUUUACGAUCAUUGAAAUGAUUACGACAUGCGUGUGCACUUUUGUGGAUUACAAUAUGAAGAAAUGAAAGACAAAAAUUGCGCUGAUAAUACACUGUAGUUACCAUAGUAGAAAUAUAAUAAUGUGAAAUGUAUAAACUUGUAAAUGUAAUGUAUACAUUAUAUUGUGUAAGAUAUGGUAUCUUUUAAGUCAUGAAGUGAUGAAACACAUAGGAGACCAAGCAAAUCAAAUUUGAGGAAGUUAAUUAAAAAUGGGGGGGGGGGAGGGGGACAAUAUGAAAGUGUACAUGAUGUACUAAUUCUCUCAUAUUGUCUUAAAUUUGACUUGUGUUCCGUUUGAUGUUUGUUUUGGCAUUAGUUUUAUUGGCAGGAAUAUGCAUAAGUGACAUUCUCUCUUUUUUCUAAUUUUUGCACUGUGUGAUGCUGUAGUUUGAAUCUGUACUUCUGCUUUAUUUUUAUUUUUUCUUGUGGAAUUAGAAAGUGCCAAUGGAACGAGAGAUUCACCAUGAUGCACUUCAAGCACAGAAUAAUAGACAAUGUAAAAGUUGCACAAUUCCACCGAGAUGUGGUUAUCUCAAAGAUCUUUUCAGGGGAAAAUCUUUAAUUGUUCCAAAAUGCUUUUUAAACCAUGUCUUGUAUUAUUUCUGAUUUUUUUGUAUGGUGCAAAAAGGGAGAAUAAUAUAUUGAGAAUUCUAAUGAUUUGGCAUUUAUGCUGAUAGUUUAGUUUCUUUUUCCUUUUUUUAAUGUGAAGAAGUAUAUACUACCCGUGUUACUUAUUUUCUAUUACACUUUAUAUUGUUUAUGUUACCCAAUGUGCUUUAUUAAAUAGUUGAUAAUUUUCUUUAAGGU